AAACACGCCCCUAAGCAUCACGGAAGUGCGUGCAAGUAAUGUCAUAUGACUUGUUCAGAACGAGAAAUAAAAUGUUGCUAAUCCGUGAAUAAAAGUGGACCUAAACGGUGAAUGAUAUCCAAAGCGAACACGAAAUGGAUGAGAUAAGAAUAUCUCCUGAUUACAACUGGUUCAGAAGCACAGUGCCACUGAAAAAAAUUAUAGUGGACGACGAUGACAGCAAGGUGUGGUCCUUGUAUGACGCAGGCCCAAAGAGCAUCAGGUGUCCCAUCAUAUUCCUUCCCCCUGUGAGUGGGACAGCAGAGGUGUUCUUCCAGCAGGUCUUAGCCCUGACAGGCUGGGGCUACAGAGUCAUCUCACUGCAGUAUCCUGUGUAUUGGGAUCUCUUGGAGUUCUGUGAUGGAUUUCGGAAGCUUCUCGAUCACUUGCAAUUGGACAAGGUCCAUCUAUUUGGUGCUUCUCUGGGCGGCUUCCUGGCCCAGAAGUUUGCAGAGCACACACACAAGUCUCCCAGAGUCCACUCUCUGAUCCUGUGCAACUCCUUCAGUGACACCUCCAUCUUCAACCAGACAUUGACAGCCAACAGGUACAGUCCUGGGUUGUAUUCCUUAAGGAACACUGUAGCAAAAUGAAAACAAGC